AUGGAAGAAGGCAAUCUAAAUUGCCAUGAACUUAGGCUUCAAGAGAAAAAAGCAGAAGAAAUGAUUGCCAAGCUCUCAGAAGAGAAAAAACAAGUUGCAAUUCCUCUUUUAGAAAUUCAAAGACAACGAAACACUUUAUAUCUUAACUAUUUGCAAGAGCUUAAAGAGCUUCAAGAAAAAUACGAGCAGAGCUAUCAACCACUCUACGAGCAGCGUAGAGCACUUCUUAGCUCAGUCCCUGGGUUUUGGUUCAAAUCUAUAAAAAACAACACAGUAAGCUGCGAGUUUCUCUACGAGCAAGAUGAAGCAUUACUUCAAUUCUUAGUCGACAUCAGGCACAAAAAAGACCCCAACUCCGAAAACUUUUCAAUUGAGUUCGAAUUCGCUGAUAACCCUAUAAUUGAGAACAAAAUCCUAAAAAAAGACUAUUUCAUGGCUAAUGAAGAUGUUAUGGAAAAAGCUAUUGGGACAGAAAUUAUAUGGAGAGGAAACAAUCUUACACAACAAGUAAAAAAAAGCAAGAAAAAAGGUAAGCAAGGCAAGGAACCGAAAACUGAAAGAAUUGAGAGCAGACCGAGCUUCUUCAAUUUUUUUAAAAAUGUAAUGAUGCCUGCACCUCAAGACUUGGAAGCCAUGGAUGAAGAAGACGAGCACGAGAUUGUGAAAGCGUUUGAGCAGGAUUUUGACUUAGCAACUGAGUUUAGAGAUGAGAUAAUCCCAAAUGCAAUGCUUUUUUACUUGAAUAUCAGAGAAGAAUCAGAUGAAGGCGAUGCCGAAGAAAAUCAGCCGAAACCUGUGAAAGUGGAUGGAUCUGGAAGUGAAAAACAAGAAUGCAAGCAGCAAUAA